AGCAAAUUUACAUUGGGAAAUUUUAUGUUAACAUCGUUUAUAAUUUCAAAUACAGCCUUACAGUUAAUUAAAGAAAAUGAGUGUUACUGGACCAAGUUACAAUAUUAAUGCGAUCAAUAAAUUGACUGAAUCAACACUAAAAAGUGCCGUCACUGAUGAUACCUCAUGGCACAAACAGUACCAAAAUAGUUGUUACAUAUUUGUCGGUGGACUGCCUUUUGAAAUGAAUGAAGGAGAUACAGCAUGUGUGUUUUCUCAAUACGGAGAGUUUUUUUUUGUUUUGAAGUUAGUUGACAUUCAUCUGGUACGAGACAAAAAAACCGGAGCUUUCAAAGGUUAUGGAUUUAUUGGCUAUGAAAAUCAGAAAAGCACCAUACUUGCUGUGGAUAAUUUUAAUGGAUACGAACUUUUAGGACGGUCCGUUGUUAGUGUGACGUUAGUUGUAAUAGCGUUCUUUUUUUUUGGCAGUCGUUUACGUGUUGAUCACUGUGAUAAUUUUCGCGCUCCCAAACUCGGUGAAAAAACAGAGGGUAGUCAUCAAGAAUACAAACCCUCAGGAUCAGAAGGGCAGGGAUUUAAGGUUUAUGGGUGUGUUCCGAGCACAAAAUGCUUGAUUUCUGUUCAGCAAAAAAACGAUUUUUUAUCUUUUAAUACAAAAACAUCUUUUCACAAGGAUGCUGAUGAAAUGUGGGCUGAAGAGUUCGAAAAGCAACUUCAACGCAUGGAUCAUGAAAAAAUAGAUAGUCUUGACAAGUCAACUCAGUUUAAGGAAAGCGAUCAUUUUAGUAAGACGAAAAACAAGAAUGUAAAGCUUAACAAUAAAUUUUCCUCUAUAGAGCAAGAAACUGAUAUUUCCAAUUGUAAAAGGAAAACUCGAUCAAUAUCGAAAUAUUCAUCUGUGGAAAAUAGUACUUUCAGAAAUGAAUGUGACGACUUGAUCGUAAAACAUUUUCAGGAAGACUUUGCAAAAAGAAAUUUUACUGUUUCAAAAAGGUCAGGUGAAGAGGCAAAUUUUAAACAAAAGAAGAAUUUGCGUGAAAAUCUGGAUAUGAAAUCUUUUUCCAAAGCACAUGGUAAAUCAAAUUUAUGUAUUCUGUGAAAUAAUCUCAGUUGUUAUAGUAGAAAUGAUAAGAGAAAACACCGUCGCCAAGCGACCAAGUGUAAGAUCCGUAUCGAGUGCUUCUUGCUCUGAAGAGUGUUUUUCAAAACGUUUUGUCUCAAAAAAAGAGCGUACUCACAAACGUCGUAUUCAAAAAAGCCAUUCUUCCUCACCAACCAUCCAUUCUUGCUCAGAAGCAUCCCACUAUCAAAAAAUGCGUUCUCAAAAGGUUUAUUCUCGAAGAUCCCGUUCUUUUUCACCACACUCAACUUCUUCGAAAUUCCGUUGUCGCACAAACUCUUCGUUUUCACGAGCACCCUGUUGCCAAAAAGCACGUUCUUUUUCAAAAGAGUCUCGUUCUCGCUCACUCACAUCGCGUUCUCAAAGGGUCUAUACCCGUAGAAGGCCUUCAAGCUCAUUAGGUUCAAUGUCCUUAACGCUCCCUUCGCGGAAAAACUCUUUGCGUUCCUUAGGACCCCGUAGUGAAAGAGUUAGUUCACGUUCAGUAAAACGCCGUAUUCGAAGAAUCCGUUCACGUUCACUGCAAUCUUGUCCUCGAAAUGUUUGUUCGCGCUCAAUAAAAUCACUUUCCCGAAAAGACCGUCCAGGUUCAGUAGUAUCCCGUUCACGAAGUUAUCGUUCACAUGUAGUGGAAUCGCGUCCUCGAAUAUAUAGUUCACGUUCAAAACGAUUUUCUCUUCAAAGAGAUUGGUCAAACUCAGUAGAAUCCCGGUCUCGAAAAGUCCGUUCACGUUCAGUUGAAUUAUGUUACUGAGGAGUUUGCUGUAGUGUAGCUAAAUCGCGUCUUCAAGGAUCUCUUUUGAAGAGACAUUAAUCACGAGGUGGCUUUGUUUUUUUAAAUAUCGUUCAUAAAAGCCUCUUAAAUGAAGAUCUACUUUAAAAAGUACUGGGCAGAACAUCUUUGCAUUUUAACAAACAUGUUUUGUGAAGAUAUUUGUGCCGAGAAUUUCCUUGACAACGAAUUCCUAAGCCAACAUAAGGCUAUAGGAAAUUGCAUUUGCAAUAAUCUCCAUUAAAAAAUUUUUGUUUUGAAAAAUUAUGUCUAAGAAAAACCAUUUUAAAUGAUCCUGCUAAUAGAAACACUCCUUUUAAAUGGUUCAAGUCAAAAUGGUCGCUUAACUUUAGAUAUGAGAAAAAAAAAUUAUUUUGUUGGACGCAAUUAGAGAAAGAAACCGAAAAUCGAAAGAGUACGUGGAAUUACGUAUAGAAGCGGACCGUUCCCUUCUGCGUGGUGUUUAUUACAACAAGAGAACCUAAUCAUAAAGAAAAAAAUUACGAUUGGUUCUUAUGGCGUUAUGUUACCUUUAGUAUGAUUAAGUGAUUAAUUGUGUUGUAAACUAACAACAAAAAUUAGCUUACUUUAAAUCCCAUAUGCAAAUUAUUGCUAUAAGGGCAAUUUCUGCGUACAAGAAGUGAAAAGAUUUUUCAUUGUAUUUUAAGUUAUAAAGGCUUUCCAGAGCACGGAGAAUUUUGAAAGGAAGACGCAGUUAAGCAAACACCCAGCAACGACAAGGAAAAUUAAAAAAAGAAUACGACAUUGCAUUUGAAAGAUUUAUAAUAGUCUUGUAUGCUCACGACCACAUGGCUUCGUUGAUAAAUGAAAUUUUGUAAAACUAAUUAAAUUAAGUAACAAAACCUAGUUUUGAUAAAUCUUUUAUAAAACCUUUAUGUAAAAAAAAAAAGAAAAACAU